GAACGUGUUGCGUUGACGCGACUGGCCCGACUGGUCGAGGAGGAGUCAGUACAGCGCAGUACCCCGCCGCGAUUGCCUUGAUUUCCGUUUGUGUUGCUCCAAUUUUUGAUUUCCGAGGUUUUUAAGAUGUCCCAAAGCGGGAAAGUGCCAUCAGUGAGGUUUUCGGCCGACGAGGACGAAUUGUUAGUUGAGUUCGUCCAAAAGGAAGAUAUAUUAUAUGACCUUAAACAUCCUGAAUUCAAAAACAUGACAAAGAAAGACCUGCUGUGGAAUGAAAUAGGAAGAGCAUUGAAGAAAGAAGAUAUUAUAGACUUCCUGAGUAACCAGGUGCUACAAUUCUCACGUGCUUGCCCUAUGGCAGCUACACAGUUGAGGAAACCCCAGUGUUUCCAAAAUUCUUUGGCUUUCUGUUCCCAGUCUAUUUGGUCGGCAGGCGGAAGUGAGUGCAAGAAACGGUGGAGAAGUAUGAGGGAUCACUGCAAAAGGGAGAAAAAAGAAGAAAAAGGUACAACCAGGAAAGCUGCUAACAAGAAAAGAGCUCAGUACUGA